CGCAACUCAAAUCAUUUGCAAAUAGUAAAUCUAUCAGAAGCAGCUCUAAAACGAUGUCAUCUCAAUACCCUAUUGGUCGAAAGGCGUCACGUGUGGCAAAAUGAUUUCGACUUCGAGCGACGGGCCAAUCAGUUGGAUGUUGAUAUCAACUCGGCGAACUUGUGGGUGGUAGCGGCCCUGUCGCGUUUUGCAUACUGUGAGAUUCAAUAGCAGCAAUCUUGUAAUACACCUCGCGAGAAGAUGGGGUUGUACAUGUUGCAUGUGUAAAAUAUGUCAUUGUAGGUUGUGUAUGUGUUGUGUAAUUGAGCCCAAUUCGUCAUUGCUCCCUGCUCUCGUCAUCGGGCGUGCUUCUCUCCGCGGACCCAAAUUCAUCCUCUGUGGAUGUGUCUCACAUGUACGUCCUUAGCAUUUUCCAGCGACAGUUUCCUAAUUUAGUCAGCUCGACCCCCAGUCCAACUCUCCUUGUAGUGCCCGCACUUACUCCGAAUUAUUACCUGGCUUAGCCUCAGACCGUCAUCAACGUUCGUGGCGAUUUUUAAAUGUAGGUUCGAAGGAGUGGAUAUGGUUUCCGUGGCUUUUUCUCACUAAAUUCGCGUUGUACAUGGGGGCUCACCUUCAGUCGUCUGGUGUUUCUGGUUAAGACGGCACAGGCGGUUCUGGCACGAACGGGCGUAUGCAGUCUAUAGUCUGUGUACUUAACGCCUAGGAGGAUGCAGCACCUUUAGGCUUGAUAUUCGUGGUUAUUAUAUCGUAGUACAGGGUUUCUUCGUUUCUGGCGGCCCGAAUCCUGCUGCAGAGUAUGUGCUGUUAAGCACAGCAUACUUCUAAGGUUCAGAAUACUUCCUUAUAUCUUUGUACUCUAAUUAUAUAGUGGAGGACCGUUCCCAGGCAACACUUCAGCUGUUAUCAGGAUGGAUGGAAGGAAGAGGCGGCGGAUUGUGUGUAAUGAACCAGGAUGCCUUGCUUCUUUCAGGUCCCAAGAUGAGCGCACCAAUCAUAUAAGAAGCGAGCGCCACAUUUAUGGCCCAGCUCUGCAACCAGUCCAGUCCACAGCUCCUACACAUCCUGCAAGCCCUUGCUCGGCAUCUGCUCGUGAAGAAUCUACUGCAGUGCCUCCUCGGGCUGCAGAUGAGGCUACUCCGAGUUGGGAUAACACGGGGUAUGAGUUUUCCAUGGCCCGGACCGAACCAUUGAUGCAUAUUGAUGGCCAGUUCUGGAUGCUCACCAAAACCGGGAAUGGAGGGACUGGUUUGUCUCGUGAAACAGUGAAAGAGCUGCUGAGGUUGUUCAAGGAAGCGCAGACAACCCCACUCAGCUUCGAGACUCUGGCAGAUGUGGACCGGUUUGAGGAGUCCUUGGAAAAAGAGGUUGGAUUGCAACCCUUGGAGCCAGUUGACAUCACAGACAAGGAGCAGGAUGCGACGCCAGUGAUCCUGUGGUGUCGGCAGACAUGGGCAUGCGUGGCUGACCUAUACAGCAAUCCUGCAAAUGCAGAAGGUUUUGUAGCGGAACUUGAAGACAGCAGCGAGAGUGAAGAAGCACACAGAUUCACAGAACCUUCGACAGGAUCAUUCUGGAGAGAGGCUGUGGCUGGACUACCAGAUGGUGCAUCUAUUGCUGCUGUCAUCUUAUAUUCAGAUGCAACUGAACUAGCCAAGGAUGGAUCAGCAACUGGUCACCCUGUCUAUGUUUCAUUGGGUAACAUCUCAUCUGGAGAACGCUGGAAGCCUCAUGGCAGACGAUUAGCAGCCUUGCUUCCGGACUUCAGCAAGCACGUAGUCAAGCCUGGAGUGGAUGUGGCACGUCGACGGCUUGAGAUCUUCCACACCUGUCUGGAGAAGAUUCUAGAGAAGCAGAAGGAGGUGGAGUCAACGGGAAUGAGGAUGAAGGAUCCCCUAGGUGUUGUUCGGUAUGUUCGCCCGUUGCUAUACGCAUAUGUGGGCGAUUAUCCUGAGCAAUGCAAGGUGGCGGGGACGAAAAUGGGCAACCAGACGCGGUUUCCAUGCCCGAAAUGCCUCAUAUCGAAUGAGAACUUGGCGAACGCUGAUGCGCGGUGGGAGUACAGGACGGAGGAGGGCCAAAAGCUGACUCUGGCGCAACUGCAAGCUUUCCGUGGUCGCACAGCUCUAGCUCGAGCCGAAACUGUGGAGAGCACACAUCGAGUCAAAGUUGGGAUAUGGGGAUUCCCAAACGGCUCAACAACAUGGGGGAAUCCAUAUCGCUCGCUGAUGUGUGAUGUCAUGCACAUGUCCGCUCUAGGGGUGUACAAGCACAUGGUCGACUGCAUACGCGCGAUGCUCCCAGAUAAAAUUGCUGCUAUGGAUAUUGCUUUGCGAAACGUCACUGCUUUCAGCCGCCAAUCCUUGUUCCGCCUGCCAUCCGAAGGGAAGCACUAUUUCGCAAACAGAGGGGUGUUCCAAGCAUUUGAACAUCAGUCGGUCAUGCAGGCUGGUCGCUAAGCUGGUGGACGUGUUUGGUGAGCAGCAAUCAUCCGAGUUCAAUCUUCCCAAGGUACAUGCGAUGCUUCACGUCGUAGAUGACAUUCGUCGUGGGGGAAUUCCUGCUCACUAUUGUACAGAUAUGUACGAGCAUCUACACAUAGCACUGAUGAAGCGGCCAUACCGCACAAGCAACAAAAAGAAUGUUGAGUCGCAGAUAGCACGAAAGGCGUUGGUGGCUGAGCUCGUGGAUAUACUCGCACGCCAAGAAGAAGGAGCAGAAGACUCAGCUGCAAGGAACGGGGCGCUGAGUCAAGCCUUGCAAACUGGGUGUCCAGCAGUAACUGGCAAGAAUGGGCAACUGGCUCUCCUUGGCGAUAGGUCUUCGCUGUGGCAAGCAUAUGCACACACUAUUCCAGGCAACAUGGAGCAAUUGUUGCCUUCUAUUAUGUCCUUUUUAGGGCCCGAUAGGACAUGUGACGCACGCGUUAACCUUCAUCGUGGAGUGGCCGUUCCGCCUGGUGAAAACUACGAGAUAUACAAUCGGCAUGCACAGUUCGCUCGAGCCACUCCUCUUUUCUACGGCAGGCCGUGGUUCUCCGACGUUGCUGUUACUGAUCACUCCACUGACGACGCAGAUGCACAAAGAUUCUGCAAGUUACUCCUAAUGUUCACGCUGACUAAUGGCGAGGAGUGCCAGCAGGUCGCUUUCGUGCGGUUUUAUAACGUGCUUGGUCCGGCUGAAGGAUCGGUAUUGGACCGCAUGACAUGGGCGAGUGGUGAUGGGGCAUACGGCAUCGUACCUGUUGAUGACAUCCUGCGUGUGCUUCACGUC